CAAAGGAUCGCACAAAUGAUCACUGUGCCAAAGUGAUCAUAAAUCAAACAUUUUAAAAACGAAAAACAUAUAUAGACCUAAGAACAUUAUCAUGGAUGCUUGUAAUUAAAAACAGAAAAUAGAUGCUGGAAAAUUGGUGCUGGAUUCUCCACCCAAUACAAAAAAUACGACAAUUUUGCCAUCGUUGUAUUACGCUGAGCCGUGCUCUGUCGCUGAUUUCCAGUCAAUUAGGGGCAAGAUGAACGUCCCAUAGACAUGUCUGACCUACUGGCCCGUCCGACCGUGUUGCCCCAGGCAACUGGAAGGCGACAUUAGGUGGUGGAUUACCGCAAGAAUUACAACUUCGCACUGGCAACGAUGGCGGGGUAUCUGUGGAGUGUAAUCUGCGCGAGUUGGCUUUGUUUCAGCCCUGUCGUUAUCGCUGCAAAAAACCCACCGCAUAUUGUCUUCAUCGUCGCAGAUGACCUCGGCUGGAACGAUGUAGGAUGGCGGAAUCCCAAGAUCAAGACGCCCCAUUUAGAUAGACUGGCUCGCCACGGUGUCAUCUUGAACUCGUCGUACGUGCAACCUGUAUGCACUCCAUCAAGAAGUAGUUUUCUCACUGGAUACUACCCUUUCAAGCAGGGUUUACAGAGUGGUAUAUUUCCAGUGGAUCGCGCUAACCACCUGCCCAGCUGGUUUCCAACACUUCCUCAGAAGCUGAAGGCGAGAGGUUACGCCACACACAUGGUUGGAAAGUGGCACUUGGGAUUCUGCAACUGGAAGUACACGCCCACAUACCGAGGCUUCGACAGCUUUCUCGGGUUCUACAGUGGCUCCGAGGACUACUACAGCCACAUGCGAGCUCAAGGAGAUAAUAUUGGUUUGGACUUUCGGUUCAACGAAACAGCUUAUGACAAAGAUUUUGGAGAAUACUCUUCGUUUGUGUUUGCCGAAAGAGCUGUGGAUGUUAUACGUUCAAACAACAAGAACAAUCCUUUGUUUCUGUAUAUAUCGUUCCAGGCAGUUCACAGCCCAUUGCAGGCACCACGAAAAUACCUUGAGAUAUACAAGAGGCAGAGAAACAAACCCAGAAGAAUAUACAGUGCAAUGGUUUCUGCCAUGGAUGCCGCCAUUGGUGUCAUAAUGCAGUCUCUUAGAGAUGAAGGCUAUAUGAAGAAUUUGUUGAUUGUCUUCACCACAGAUAAUGGUGGCGCUACAUAUGCAGGGGGUAACAACAUGCCCCUACGCGGAGCCAAGAACACGUUAUGGGAAGGGGGUACCAGAGCAACCUCGUUUGUCUACAGCAAGACGCUACUGAAGAAGAAAAAAUACACCCAUAAUGGACUCUUCCAUGCAGUUGACUGGUUUCCGACUUUACUUACGGCAGCUGGUGAAAAAACAGAUCAGAAAAUAGACGGCGUUAAUCAAUGGAUGAUGUUACGGAAAGGAACUCCAAGCAAACGACGGGAGGUUGUCUACAACAUUGAUGACGUCAGAAAAAACGCUGCGAUCAGGAUGGGUCACAUGAAGUUACUGGAAGGUCAGCCUGGCCAUUACAACGACUGGUAUCCUCUUCCAUCCAUCUGGACAGACAAAUGCAUGUACAAAAAAGACAGAAGCGUAUUCCCUAGGUAUCAGCUCUACAACAUUACAGCUGAUCCGUCAGAAAAAUUUGAUAUUGCAUCUAAAUAUCCCGAAAUUGUUACCAAGCUGAAACACCGAUUAAACAAGCACAGGACUCAUUUGGUUCCAACAACUAUUAUGAGGCGAAAUAGGAAAUCAAACCCAAAAUACUACGGUGGAGUAUGGAGUCCUGGCUGGUGCUGAAAGUAUAUUGGUUUGAGAUUGGUUAGUGGCUUUUCAGGAUUUUCAUCCUCAUUGGAUGCUGACCGCUCAUUACAAUAUUAUGAUUGGUCAAUGGAUUUAACUUUGCGAUUUGCGAUAUGAACUAUCUACGGGUGUACUAAUAACGAGGCAGCUGAUACAGUAACAGCAAUGCAAUUAACACUGGUUUGGUUUGUACUUGUGUUAAUGGAGUGGGUUCAGGGGUGCUGCUGGUAUGAGGAUGACGCUAUCAGGCGAGGACAGCAGCUCCAAAUUUUAGUUCAUGUAUAGAACGUAAUUAAAGGAGACGCACACACAAAAGAAACAAAAACUGAAAAGGAAAAACAAAGGAACCUCGUAAAGAAACAAAUCACAUUAAAAAAAAGAAAAAAGAAGAAACAAGAAAAAAAACCCAGGAGAAGGAAAAAUAAAAUCGUUAUUUUUCAAAUGGAAUACACAUAAGCACAAAAUACUACUAAUAAAUAUAUUUGUCAAAUUCAGUCCACUUGACAUCAAAAUGAUAUUACGGUAACUGUUAAUCAUUAUUAUUCAGUGUUUUUUUUUAAUAAGAAAUUUGCCAUUCGGAACUCGUGUACAUGUAAGCGUCUGCUUUCUGUGUAUACAAGUUUCUCCAAACAGGUAAAAUGACAUUUACAACUUGUAUAUAACAGUUCUGUAUACGUGUGUUUGUGUUUAUCUGUUGUAUAUGAAAUUUGUAUGUUUAUAUAAUAUUUCAGUCGUAGAAUGUUUUAAGAAUGUCACGAAUGCUGAAGAAAUCAGCCUGUUUUUGUAGUAGAAUUGCAUUUUUAAACGUAUGCAACACGUGAAUAUAGAUAUAGUGUUUAACACUAAUAAUAAAUACUAAGGAGAUAGAACAAGGGGAAAACUGUGGAUGAGAAUAUUGUAAAAAGGAGGGGGGGGGGGGGGGUAGGAGAAGAUAGGGAAGAGAUGAAACACGGAACAAAAUGAUAUAUAAUAUUUGUACUAUUAUCUAAAAAGUUUGUUUAAGUUUGUUUCGUUUAACGACACCACUGGAGCGUAUUGAUUAAUUAGUCAUCGGCUAUUGGCUGUCAAACAUUUGGUAAUUCUGAUCCGUAGAGGAAAGCCGCUAAAUACUACUAUCUCUACUUUAAUUAUAUUUGACUACGGUGGCAGAUGUUACUGGCAGUUACCCAGAAGACCACCUGAAACACCCAUUUGUGACCCAAACCCGCCGGGUGUCUAGAAUAUCAGGACACUGCCAGUUCACCAUUAACGUAUGCAAUGACAUGCAUAGAGCUAGUAUUCUGAAGGGUCGGAGUGGCGGAGGGUCAAGAUUAACGUAAUAUAGUUCGGUGACGUUGAUAAACGAGACACCUUGCUUUCUAUAAAGGCCUAAUAAUGACCUGACCAUAUAUGGUUCAACAUUUGGCUGUUCGGACAGUUCUAAAGUCUUAGCUAAUAGUGUAGUAGAGUUAGGGUAUAAUAGUGCAAAAUGUGAUACUAACAUGCCACUUUGCAUGCAGUUAGGCCAUCAUGUGUAGAGUAAAACUUGAUAUAGGGUCAACCUGACAGUGACCCAUAUUGGCCAGGUGACGUCACAAUUCAAAAUGCCCACCAAUUAACUAUUUCUCACUGUUUGUAUCACAUUUAAAAGUGUAAGGUAUAAAAUAUUAACUCCAAUGACACAUUUCAGACAAUAGUAUUACUACUGAUUACAUACCUAUUCAGUCUUACUAUAGCGAUAAAGACAUUUUGAAACCGUGUGAUACAUUUAUUUUGUAUCGCACAUAACUUUAAAUGGGGAAUUCCCUUUUUCGUUUUACUGCA